CGGCGGGUCUGCGUGUGCCGCCAGCCUCUGGCGUCUCCGGUGACUCGGGUGUUCUGUUUUUCGUUGCAGCAGGAGUCUCUCUCAUGGCUUCCUUUCCUUCCCUCAGCUCCACCUCUAGAGACUGCACAUUCUCUAGGAAGGCCCCACAGAAAGGAGGAAGGCAAUGGCUGUUGGGCCUGUGCCCUUGGAAGCUCAGGAGUCAGUGACACUCAAAGAUGUGUCUGUGGACUUCACUUGGGAGGAGUGGAUGCAGCUAGAUUCUGCACAGAGGAGUCUGUAUGGCAGAGUGAUGCUGGAGAACUACAGGAACCUGGCCUGCCUGGGACAUCAACCUUCCAAACCAAAUGUGAUCUCUGCUCUGGGACAAGAACUGGGCCUGAGGAAAAGAGAACUCCCAGGUUGCAUCUCUCUGGGCCUGGCGCAUUGUCUUUUGGCAUCCUGUGUUCCUGGGAGGAUCUCCUAGGCCAGUUUUUAAAAAUUUGUAGGAUUCCCCCUGCCCGAGAGAAGACCCAGAUGAGCCUUGUCACAUCAGUAAUAUAAUCAGUAAUCCUCCACAGGUCAACUCAAUCUAGAUAAUCCUCCAUUGAGAUUCCCUAGCCCAGGCCAGGAGACAAGACUUAAAACCAAAGACUCAACUCUGAAGUCCAAAUUUAUUGAAAUUUUGCUCUAUGGGGUCAUGGAAAGAGAAGAUCUCUGGCAUUCAGUUUUAGAGGCAGUCUGGGAACCUUCCUAUUGCUUAGAGGGGCAACAAGAAAGAUAUCUGGGUCAGGUGACAGUGGCCCAAAAGGAAACCUUUAAUGAGAACGUAGUAUGUGGAGGUAAUGAAACUGAAAAAUGUUCCAUUGAGGGUUCAGUGCUUGAUACACCACAAAGCAUUUCUGUGGUAAGAAGACCCCGUAAUUGGAAUUCACAUGGAAAGGAUUCUAAACAAAAUUCCAAGUUAAUGAAAACUUCAAGAAUGUUUGUAGGAAAGAAAAUAUAUGAAUGUAAUGAGUGUGGGAAAACCUUCAGUCAGAGUUCAUCUUUGCUUAAGCACCAGAGGAUUCACACUGGCGAGAAACCUUAUAAGUGCAAUGUAUGUGACAAGCACUUCAUUGAACGCUCCUCUCUCACUGUUCAUCAAAGGACUCACACAGGAGAAAAACCCUACAAAUGUAAUGAGUGCGGGAAAGCCUUUAGUCAGAGUAUGAACCUUACUGUUCAUCAAAGAACUCAUACUGGAGAGAAACCUUAUCAGUGCAAAGAGUGUGGGAAAGCUUUCCGUAAGAACUCGUCCCUUAUUCAACAUGAAAGGAUUCAUACUGGAGAAAAGCCCUACAAAUGUAAUGACUGUGGGAAAGCUUUUACACAAAGCAUGAAUCUUACAGUGCAUCAGAGAACUCAUACAGGAGAAAAACCCUAUGAAUGUAAUGAAUGUGGAAAAGCCUUCAGUCAAAGCAUGCAUCUUAUUGUUCAUCAGAGAAGUCAUACUGGAGAAAAACCCUAUGAAUGCAGUGAGUGUGGAAAAGCCUUCAGUAAAAGCUCAACUCUCACUCUACAUCAGCGAAAUCACACUGGAGAAAAACCCUACAAAUGUAACAAAUGUGGUAAAUCCUUUAGUCAAAGCACAUAUCUCAUAGAACAUCAGAGACUUCACUCUGGAGUGAAACCUUUUGAAUGUAACCAGUGCGGGAAAGCUUUCAGUAAGAAUUCUUCUCUUACUCAGCAUCGGAGAAUUCACACUGGUGAGAAACCUUAUGAGUGUAUGGUGUGUGGAAAGCAUUUCACUGGGAGAUCAUCCCUAACUGUACAUCAGGUUAUACACACUGGAGAAAAACCUUAUGAAUGCACUGAAUGUGGAAAGGCCUUUAGCCAAAGCGCCUAUCUUAUUGAACAUCAAAGAAUUCAUACUGGUGAAAAGCCCUAUGAAUGUGAUCAAUGUGGGAAAGCUUUCAUUAAGAAUUCAUCCCUCAUAGUGCACCAGAGGAUACAUACAGGAGAAAAACCUUAUCAGUGUAACGAAUGUGGAAAAGCCUUCAGUAGAAGUACAAACCUUACAAGACACCAGAGGACUCAUACAUGAGGAAAGUUUUCAUUGACCUCUUCAUCUUGAUUAUUCUUUUGAUAAUAAUCAGAUGUCAUAUUAAUGUAGAUAUUAAUAACUAUAACUAAUGUAGUAACCUUUUAAUUGAAGUAGAGUAUAGCAUACCAAUAGUAAAACCAUAGCAGAGUAAACAUAUGAGUAAACCCUUGAUUCAGAUAGUAAAAUUUUAUAUCAAGUUUGAGCAGCUAAUACGUAAAAGACGAAGACAUAGCCUCAACAUAAGCUCUGUUGUGUCGUACUGGGAAUUUGAUUUGGGCAUCAGAGUUCACACUGGAUGGAAAAUGUGAUAGUGAUUAACUGGAUAGCCCCAAAAUUGGGCUCAACCCAGUUCUAACCUCCCAUUAACUUGAAUAAAUUACCCAUUUUCAUCAGGUCACAGUAUCCUUAUGUGAUAAAUGAAAGAUUUGGGAUGCAGGUCCAUGAGAUCUGUAUUAGUCAAAAUCCCAAAAAACACAGGGAAAUUUUUUGGUCAUUUGCUGUUAUAUGUGCUAUGGAGGUGCUUCUAUUUCGUAGUAUGGUUUUCUUAGGUGUUUUAGGUUAAAAUUCUCUUACCUCUAACUCUUAUUGUCCUUUAUGGCCUUGGAUUACAUUCUCUCCUUAAUUAAUGUAGAUUACUUGCUACUGGGUUGCAGAUGAAUUGUGCAUAUUUUAAUUCCAUAGCAUGGUGCUUUGAAUUCUCAUCUGUCAUUAAACUAUCCUUAAAUAAGUUGAUUAUAUUUAGAUGAUAAUGUGACUUAAAUCUUUCAAUACUUUGGAAUCAAAUACAUAUCUUUGCAUCUUAUUUGACUGUCAUGGAAAUUUAAAGACAGGUGAGUAGAACACUAAUUGUCCUGGAUAGUUUUAUAUCAACUUGACACAAACUAAAGUCAUCUAAGAGGAGAGAACCUCAAUUAAGAAAAUGCCUCAAUAAGAUCGGGCUGUAGGCAAGCCUGUAGAGAGCUUUUUUCUUAACUAGUAAUUGAUGGGGAGUACCCAGCCCUUGUGAGUGGUGCCAUCCCUGGGUUGGUAAAUCAGGCUGAACAAGCCAGCAAGCAGCACUCCUCACGGCCUGUGCAUCUGCUCCUGCCUCCAGGUUCCUGCCUUUUUUGGUUCCUGUCCUGACUUUCUUCAGUAAUGGAACAGUUAUAUGGAAGUGGAAGCCAAAUAAACCCUUUCCUCCUCAAGUAGCUUUGGUCAUGGUGUUUCAUCACAGCAAUAAAAACCCUAACUAAAACAAAAGUACACAUAAGAAUUCAGCAAGUUAAUGAUACAUUUGCAACUAAAAACAUAC